AUGAAAAUGGAAUUUAGUUUAGAUCUCUUCUUCCUCUUAGGCUGGUUCUCUGAAUCAGAUUUCUCUAAAGGCUCGAUCCUUCGGGAUUAAGAGAAGUUUAUCCUCAAAUUAUCCAUCUAACCCUGUUAUGUACAUCUAGGUACAUAACAAUUGAUAUCAGAUUCGUUCGAUCCAUGGGGAGUAUUUCGUAUCUAUUUAGGGAGAAAUUAACUCUAUAACCAUUUACUUGAUCUGAAGAAAAUAUAUCAAGACAUACUUAAUGAUGUACCUUCACCCAGUCGAAAUUAUCAUCUUUCACAAACAGAAUAUCUCACCAACUUCACCAAGAAGAGGUAAGAAUCAAUUUAUAUACCACCAUUAGCAGACGAAUUCGUUCAUGGAGUUGUGAAUACGAAAAUGGUAGAAGUGAAGGAUCAAUUUGAUGAUUUAAAAUCAACGAUGCUUACCAAAAAAGUUUUUUAUUCGGCAAUGGAGUUGUAUUUUGGUAAACAAAACUGCAGUGGGGAAGAUCCAGUAGGAGCUUCAAAUAUUACUUCGAAGUCAUCGGAUGAAGGCGAUCCUACUAAAUCAAUUGGAAUUGGCGACCUAAUUUCUACUUCUGUUGCCCAAACUUUAGAUUCUGAAGACUUUGGCGUUGUUACAUCGGAAGAAGCGGAUUCAAUUCCUACUUCUGUUCAACUAGAUUUUUCUUCUCAAGUCCCCAAUAGGAUUGAAUCUCAGAAAGUUAGCUCAAUUUCCGCUGGCGCUGUGACAGACAAGGAUGGUUCAUCUGAUUGUGUGAAUUUUCGACAUAAUGAAACCGCAAAGACAGAUAUUAAGGACUUCACCUGGAUAAAUCAGAUCGAAAUUGGGACUUCUCGUUUUGCUAUGUGUGAUUCUUUGUUUUGGUAUGUUUUGGAUAAAUUCUUUGAGGAAGAUGUUCGGGAGUGGAAUUUUGAACAUGGGUACCUGGUCAUAUUCAUGGUUUAGAGAUUGAAUUGUUGCUAUGUUAGGUAAUGGUAGAGUUGCUUGUACUGCUUGGCAGAGAUUUGUUAAAAUUCUUCAAAUGGAUAUUUUGUGUUUGAAGAGCAAAAAUGUUUUCAGCCACCAAUUGUGUAGUAAGAAAUCUUUUUACUCUUGUUUCAACCUUCCUGGUGGAGUAUUUGAUUGUGGCAAAGGGUCAUAUAGUAUUAAGAGGUUCUCUAAUCCUGCUGGUAAAUAUGAAUGUCAUUUGUUACAUUUUCUCCUUGUGCAAUUGUUUUUCUCGGGUAUCAGACGGAAUCUCAGGGUAUGAAUCUGUUGGUAAUUUUGUUUCUCAAUGAUGUUGAACUUGGUUACGAUAAAGAGUUGUUUGUGGAAAUGUCAGAGAGAAAUAGAUUUGUGAUACUCUUGUUCGCACAAAUGGUUGCAGUUGGGAAGUGAUAUAAUUUGUUGGAUACAAUGCUGCUGUUGGAGAAUGUCUGUCGUCCUCAAAUUGUACCUCAGUUGGCAAAGGUACAAGUGGUUUGGAAGGUGCUCUGGAGUUUGAGUAAAUAUGAAGAGGACAUGCCUUGGCAGACCGAAUAUAUCUCACCUGCUGAUACAAUCACAUAUUGGGGUUGUCUAUUAGGUGUUAUGGUUAGAGUUUCUGAUUUACAAGUGUUCAACAGCCUUAAGCUUCUUUUCUUGAUUUUCAAAAUAGUGCGCCGAUUGGUUUAUCAUUUGAGAAGGAAUUUUCAAAGUCCUUCGCAAGAUGUCUAUAAUACCAUUCAAGAUAGACACAAGAGUAUCCAGGCAAUUCCGUGCCCAUAUCGGUUUCUCUUUUCUACCUACAUAUGUUUCCCAGCUUGUUAUUGUCGAUUGUUGUGGGUCUGUGGAGAGUCAGAAUACUGGAGAAAGAUUCCAGUCUAUGAAGGUGUUGAAGGUUCAUACAGAGUGAAAAUUAUCUUCAGAUUUCAUAGAAGGGUAGUGGAAAUGCGUGCCAGAAAGCUGUGUGAUGUGUCUUCGCAGUAGGGAACCGAAUUAUGCUUGCUUCAUCUUGGUUCAUUGUAUAUAGCAAGUGGUGAUGCUUUCACUUUGAUUUUUACUUGCCUACCAAAAGGACCCAACUCUACAGUUUCUGGUAAUAAUGAAUACUGUUCCGACAUGGAAGAGUUUUUUGUAGAGGGAGUGAAAAUCAAAGAGCUGCUUAUCAUGGUUGGUGGUGUACGCUUUUAUGGAUUCUUGAGGUGGAAAUUCAGAUUGUUUCAACCUGGUUUAGGAAUAGCGAAAAGUGUUAAAAUGACAGUUAAAUUCUCAGUUUUCACCUCUAAUGCAACCUGGACUUAUGAAUGCAUGAGGGUUAGUGGAGGUACACUUAGCCAUGCGAAUUCUUCCAUGACGGUUCUUUAUCUUUGUAUUCUACUUGACACAUAUUCUGGUGCUGCUAUCGGAUUUCGUUGUUGGGGUAUCUACCACCAUAAGGGUUGUAUCCGGUUGGAGUUUUCAGGGGAGUUGAGGAGCAUUCGUUUCAGUCUCAUGAUGUUUCCAGAUCCUACUGUGCUAAUGUUGCUGAUAUCCUUGCUGUGGGUAUUCUUGAGGAGAUUCUUAGCAGCAAAUGGGGUUACUGAGCUUGCUUAUUUACAGGUGAGCCUGUCUGUAUGGAUCAGUACCGCAAUUGUUGUGAAGCUACAGGAAGCUUGCUAUAAUAUUGACGCGAUAAGUAGGUGGAUGUGUGGAAUGCUUAGCAAUUCUGGUGUUGUAGUUAUUGCUGAACACAACAGACGCAGUGCCCAUAGUAUGGUCUUCGGGAUUGUUACUAAGAGCGCAUACCAUGCCAGCAGUUGUACAGAUAAUAGAGUCACUUGUUUUUUUUUUGGUAAAUGGCAGAAAAAAGUCAAGUUCAAGGACCCAUAAGAGUAUUCAGCGGUGACAGUUGCUUGUUGGGCCUGGGCUUGGAGUAUGUGACUAUUGGGCUUCUCAUGUGUUUAGAAAGAGCCACCACUACUAUGUCAUGUACGGGUGUUGGAGGGGGUGAUCACAAUCCUUGCUCCUCCUGCAUUGCUCAUGCAGUUGUCACAAGCGGCUACCUAUCUUACAAAGUUAAUUUUUGCGCCUCUCAUCCUUGAGGACAAGGUUGCUUUCAAGGGGAGUGGAAUGUCAUGUACCAGUGUUGGAGGGGGUGCCCAUAUCAUAAUCUAGUUGGUUAUUAGUUUAAUUGUUAGUAGCACUUGGCUUUUAUCAAUUGUAAAGGUGCCUACAUAGUUUCCAUUCUCCUACUAUAUAAGGCUAGUAAAUCUCUGUAAGAGGGAUUAUCCAAUUUAUGAAUUAAUGAAAAUAGAAUUUAGUUUA